ACAAGAGCGUCCAGAGCUCAACGUUCCUUUUUUCUCCCCUAUCUAUUCCUCUCCUCUGAUAACCAUUUUACGCACAGGCACAGAGAUUGAUUGAAGCCCAGACCCCGCCCCCCUUCCUCUCUCUCUCUCUCUCUCCAACCAUUUUUAUUUCACGUUCCGGCUGAUCUCCGAUGGAUUUGAACGGCAAGAACGCCGGAGCAGUGACGCCUUCCAAGAACCCACACCCCAAUCGAUCCAAGGCCUCAGAAAUCUCCAAAGAUUCGGAGAAUUUCAAUCCUAAUGUGGCCAGUCCUGCAGGUUGCAAAUCAGCGAAAUCACCGGCAAUCAAGUCUGCGACAAAGACGACCCAGAAAUCGGCGUCCAGAAACCCUAACCCUGUGGCCUCGCCGCGGAACAAGAUUCGAGAACGGAAGUUUGUGGUAGCGAAAAGGAACUCGAAGAAGGAGAAAACGGGCUCUGCAACUGUUGUGUGUAAGUGCAAAGAAAAGGUCGGCGGCGAUUUGCAGAAGUGCCUCUGCGUUGCUUAUGAGAGUCUUAGGGCUUCUCAGGAAGAGUUUUUUAAGAAUCGGAACAGUACCGAUCGAUACGAUUCGGAGCAUUUGAAAAACUGUAGUGGGGCUGACAAUCGAAUUGAAGAAGAGGAGGAGGCAGGGAAGAAGAACUCAGUGGUUCAAGCCCGCGAAAUUGGGAAUGGGCUUGAGAGAGAGCAGGAGAAAAUCGAGGGUUUGACAAUUGACCGAAUUGGUAGUCACCCUGAUGAGACUGAGAGUUCAGAUGUAAUGGGUGCUUUGCUUGUCAAGAGAAGGAGGGACAAGUUGUUGGAAGAAGCAAGGGAACGUGGGCCUGAAACUGGAUCUGGAAAAGUGAUGCAUUUGGUUAAGAUCUUCGAGAAGCUUCUCACCAUACCAAAAUCGAAGGACUCGGAUCAGGAGGAUGAUAAAGAAGCAGAAGAUGAAAAGAAGGGGAUGAAAUGGGCACUGCCUGGACUGCAUCCUAAGGUGCCUGAGACACAGGUCUCUUCAUCCUCAUUCUGUCCAUCAGAUUUUUUCCUUACAUCAGAGAAUUUAGGCUUGGAUUCGCGUGUUUCGUCUUCAUUAGACAGCAAUCAUGGAAGCUUCACCAUUUCUAGCAGGACUUCUGGUAGAGGGCACAGAAGUCGAAGAAAUAGCUCUGAACCCGCUGGGACCUUGGGUGGAAGUUGGUGGAAGAAGAAGCAGCUCAAAGCAACCCGCCAAAAACCGUUCAAGCUUCAAACAGAGAAAAGGGGAAGAUGCAAGGAGGAAGAAUUCCUGAAGAAAAUACAAGAAAUGAAGAUGGAGCAGGAGAAGCAACGGAUACCAAUUGCGCAAGGUCUACCAUGGACUACAGAUGAGCCUGAGUGCUUGGUAAAACCUCCUGUAAAAGAAAGCACAAGGCCUAUAGAUUUGGUGCUGCACAGUGACGUGAGGGCUAUGGACCGUGCUGAAUUUGACCAACAGGUGGCAGAGAAGAUGAGCUUUAUUGAACAGUACAGGAUGGAAAGGGAACUGCAACAGAAGUUAGCAGAAGAAGAAGAAAUCAGGAGGCUGAGAAAGGAGCUCGUUCCAAGAGCUCAACCUAUGCCCUAUUUUGACAGGCCUUUUAUCCCUAGAAGGUCGGAAAAGCACCCUACCGUACCUAAAGAACCCAAGUUCCACAUACCAGAGCAUAAGAACAUCAAAUGUUGCAUGUCUUGGAAUGAUUUGUAUACACAUCAAUAAUGAAGGAAGUAAAGAUGAAAAUUUCUUACUUCUCAGUUGCCUCUAAUAAUCCUAAAGUUUCUUUCGCCAUCUCUCUCCAUCUCCAACGUUCUUUAUGUGUAUACAAAGUAACAGUUACUAUCAAUUUUGAUGGAGAACCAUGCGAUAGUAAUCUUGAAGGCACAAUGCUAAAG